AUGCCUAAAGCUGGCAGCAGUACAUUGAAAGGCAAGCCAAAAGCUACACAUCGCGUGACGUGGCGGGGCAAGCAGAUCACCGAGUUUGAAAUGAAGGUGUAUGAGACCAUUCUGACGAUUCCAGCGGGCAAAGUGAGUACCUACGGUGCCGUAGCUCGGGUGCUGCAUUCUGGACCUCGAUGCGUUGGUCAAGCCUUACGCAAAAAUCCGUUUGCGCCUGAGGUGCCAUGUCACCGCGUCGUCACGACUUCGCUUGGCAUUGGCGGCUUCCAAGGUACAAGUGGUGAAGAAUCGCCAUGUGUCCAAAAGAAGCGCAUGCUAUUGGCACAGGAAGGCGUUCUGUUCGCAAGUGAGCACAAGAUCGAUGCUGCUUCCUUGCACGAGUUCGACCAAGCUGUAGUUACACGAUGCUAG